GGCUGAGUGCUGUCUCAUCAGCUGCUGGACGUCAGUACUAUUUUGUGUAUGACAGGAAGAACUUUACUGAAGCCCAGAGAUACUGCAGAGAGAAACACACAGACCUGGUCUCUGUAGACCACAUGGAGGUAAUGAAGAUCCUAAACGACACCGCAGAUCUAGACCAGAUGGUCUACUCCAAGAACAGCUACAGAGCCUGGAUAGGACUGUCCCGGGACCAUGACCCCAACAGAUGGAGGUGGUCUCUGUCAGACCCAAGUUUCUACAAAUCCGGGGAGACGGAGUUCAGACGAUGGGAGACAAGACAACCAAACGAAGGAUACAGCGAAAAAAUCUGCGUAUGGAUGUAUCCUGAAGGAUACUGGUACGACGCCAGUUGUGACUUCUCAGGUUAUCCAGUGUGUGUAGAUGUCAGAGGGUCAAAUGUGACUUUUGUCCUCGGCUCCUCCCGUAUGACAUGGACUAAAGCCCAGAACUACUGCAGAGCUAACUACACAGACCUGGCCAGUGUGAGAAACAUGGCAGACCACCAGAAGAUACAGCUGAUGAUGUAUGGAGGAGCUAAUUUCUGGAUCGGCCUAUUCAGAGACCCCUGGAAGUGGUCUGAUGGAAGUUCCUCCUCAUUCAGAUUCUGGAAGACCGGGCAACCUGAUAACAUCAACGGGAAACAGACCUGCGUGGCUGCAGACUUCAGCCAAUCAGGAGCCUGGGAGGAAUGGCCCUGUGACGUGGAGAGAGCGUUCAUCUGCUACGUUCCAGUGGUUCGUGUCACAAAGAAAGGGAUGAGAGUGAAGUUUGAGAAGAAGGGGAACGUGGAUCUGAAUGACCCUGCUGUGCUGGCGGCCAUGUUGGAGCAGCUCCAACAGAAGCUGAGGGCCCAGGGGCUGGACCCCAACAUCAAGCUGAGCUGGAGGAAGCAGGCCGAUGGACACGUCUUCCACAAGGAAGACCAGAAGACCACCAAGAGGAGGAGGAAGAGGGACGAGCUGUAACGUUGAAUUGCUGCAUCUCUUUCUUUCUUCUAAGAUGUGAUGGAGCAGAUCAGAGCUGCAACUAUCAGAUGAUUCAGAGUCAGUUCUGGAUUUUCUUUUUCAACCUGGACCCUAUUUUCCCAUGCGCAUGCUGCUCUAUACACGCUAAAAGUAGUGAUUAUUUACAUGGAGUCUGGUGGAGAUAUGCUGCUCUAUACA